AUGUUAUUUUUAAUUACUUUAGUAGGAAUAUUAAAAUUUAUAUAUACAAUUGAAUUAGAGAAGUUAAAUUUUUUAGAAAAAACUUAUAUUAAUAGAGAAAAAAGAGGAAUAGUUAAUAAAGCAAAAUUUGAAUUGACAGAUACUCAUAUAAAAUAUCACAUAAACUUUAGGCUAGAUAAAUUAUUAAUUAGAAAAGCUUUAAGUAGAAUUUCAGAAGAAACGUGUUUCAAAUUUGAAGAAACAUCUAAUUACUUAUUAGCUACUUUAAGAUAUAAACAUGGACUAUAUUUUCUAACAAAAUUUCCGGUAAAAAAAGAAAAAAAUCGUGAUAUAUAUUUAUUAGCUACUGUUAAAGAUAUUACAAAAGUUAUGCGUGAAACUUUACAUGCUUUAGGUGUAGAUUAUGAACAUAAUAGACCUGAUAGAAAUAAAUAUAUUACAAUUAAUUUUAAAAAUGUAUAUAGUGUUUUUAUGCCUUUAUUUGAAAUAACUUAUACACCAAUAUUAACUUUUUAUAAUAUUGGAUAUGACUAUACUUCAGUUAUGCAUUUUACAGUUAAAGAAUUUUCUAGAAAUGGUAAAAAAACAAUUGAAAGUAAACGUAAAUUGAUGGAACCAUUUACUGGUAGAUCUACACAUCUUACAUUUAAUGAUGCAAAACUUUUAUCUUUAAAAUAUUGUAUUAAUCCAAAACUUAAAAAUGCAAAAUGUCAUAAUUAUGGAUAUCCAAAUCCAACUAUGCCUUAUAUAUGUAAAUGUUUACCUUUUUAUUAUGGUCCUAAAUGUGAAAAUAGAGUAAGAAAUUUUGGUUACUGUUCUAGAAUUAAUUAUUUUAAAGCAAUGAGUUCAAUAACUUCACGUACUCUUACAUUAGGAAAUACAUGUAAUUUCUUUAUUUAUACAAUACCAGGAAAAAGAAUAAAAUUAAAAUUAUUCUUUCAUCAUGGUUUGUUGUCAAAUCAUCAUUGUAAAAAUGGAAAAUCUAUUGAAGCAAGAUAUUUUUCUGAUUUUUCAGUUAAUGGUGUAAUUUAUUGUCCAAGUAUAUUUCCAAUAAGUAUAGUAUCAGAAAGUAAUUUUAUUAUAUUACGUUCUACUUUUUCAGAAUCUAAAAGCAAAGUGAAAAUAAUGUUUAAAAUGUUUUAA